ACACUGCACAGCUAACCUGCUCAGGGCAGGUUAUGUUCUGGGUAAGAGAUCUCAAACUGAAAUCGGACCAGUCAGAUGUGAGAAAAGUGACACAUGUAACAAUUAUUAUAAAGCAUUUAUUUUAAAUGAAUAUUAAUAUAUACAGAUCAUAUGUAAUAUAAAUAAGUGGUAGAGUCAAUAGAUAACACUUUAAAAAUGGAUACAUGUGACCUGACAUGUUUGAGUCUCUAUCGCUAUAUAUUAUCAACUAUAUCUACUAAAUACUCAAGUUUCACUUGUGACUGCAAAAAUAGAGCAAGAUCAUUUCCAUUAUUUGUCCUCUUUCAUGGACAAGUAGUUCAGUGUAAAUGCACUUAAAUUCCUCAUAUUCUUUAAUCUCUUAACCUUUAACAAAAGAGUUUUGGAUCUCGCUGGCGCUCUCGUGAGAAGUGAAUCACACUUGUUCUGUGUUGUGAUUGGCUGUUCACCACUGAUGUCACACAUUCAUGUGCAAGUACUCCACAAACUUGUCAAGCCUGAGUUGACAAAGAAAGUUGAUGAUCACUAUCAUGGUACCAAUAAAGCCAGAUUGGAGUGGUUUGGUUUUGUCAACUCGUAACUAAUCCUGCAACUCUUAAUUUGUUCAUCUACCAUCGUGGUACAGGCCCCUGUUCUGUCAGUGUCUCUUCAUUGCUGUCAUCACAUGUCCCUCAUGUCUCUGUGUCUCUCAGUUUGCAGUUGUUCAGGUAUGAACGGCCUCAUGUGCAGCAGUCAUGCUCUGUGAGGACUCAUCACCUGGACCUGGCGCUGGACUGGAUUCUGUGGUUCUGGUGAAACCGAAUGCUGAGACCUCCACAGAUCCUGUACAGGAGCCAAAUGGCCCAAACUCUGUUUUCAGUCUGAACGCUGAGGAGCCGUUUUGUCGUAUCUGUCAUGAAGGCAGCAGCGCAGGUGAUCUGUUAUCUCCCUGCGAGUGUGCUGGCUCUCUGGCGAUGGUGCACCGUGUUUGUCUGGAGCGCUGGCUCAUGGCCUCCGGCACAAGCCACUGUGAGCUCUGCCACUUUGAGUUCGCUCUGGAGAAACUUCCCAAACCACUCACCGAGUGGUUCACCACACCUUCCAUGCAGCAGCAGAGACGGACGCUGUGCGGGGACGCCAUCUGUUUCCUGUUCAUCACACCCUUAGCGAGUCUGUCAGGCUGGCUGUGUGUGCAGGGAGCCAUGGAUCUGUACUACAGCAACGGCAUGGAGGCUGUGGGACUCAUUGUUCUCACACUCACACUCUUCACUAUUUACCUCUUCUGGACUGUUGUAUCCCUACGUUACCACAUUCACCUCUUCAGGACUUGGAAUGAGACAAAUCCCAGCAUCCGGCUACAGACUCCCCGUCCUGUGAAGACACAUCAGAGACCAAAACAACUAAUGAUGCACUUCUUGUGCAAAUACAAGAGUAAGGAGACCAUGGUGUAGUGCCUGAAAC